UCUGUACCGGCUAGAGGGCACUCACUUCGCCAUUUGUGAUUAUUUAUAUGGUGGACCAACUUUUAUCUAUUUUGUGUUUUAAUUGUUUAAAAUAAAUGUAAAAUGAGUGAUAGCGACGACGAGAACUUUAACAGAGACGAGGACUGUGUGGACCUCACCGGUUUCCUCUUCGGGAACAUCAACGAGCAAGGGCAACUCGAAAGCGAUGUUUUGGACACUGAAUCCCAAAAACAACUUUCCAACCUCGGGAAGCUGGGUUUGGGCUCAACCCUUAAAGAAAUGAUUGGGGUUGAUAGCAUCCCUAAAGACGAUUCCGACAGCGAUUAUGAUAAUUCCGAGGGGCAAAAAUCGAAAUUUGGGGAUGAAAACAAAGAAAGCAACAGUGCGGAGUCGCAAAAUAAUGAAGAUUCUAACUUCGAGUCAAAAUCGCCCAGUGCUGUUGAUUUUUCCGAUAUAAAUGAACUCGCUGAGGAAGAGGAGGAGGAGGCGAAACCGGAAAAUUACGAUGCUGAUGAUGAGCACCCCAAUGAAAUUGAUAACAAAUUAAUGCCGCCACCUCCAGUUCCGACAACGAAAGAAAAUUCCGAAUCAAUUGUUACGACUGAUGAUGGUGAUAAAAAGAAGCUCGAAACGCCUCUUGCGGCAAUGCUGCCGUCCAAAUACGCAAACGUUAACGUUACGGACCUUUUUCCGGAUUUCCGGCACGGAAAAGUGUUACGAUUUUCGCGGCUUUUUGGGCCAGGAAAACCGAGCAGUUUGCCCAAUAUUUGGAAAAAUGUGAGGAAGAAACGCAAGAGAAGGAAGCACAAAGAUAGCGCGAAUCAGCACGAUUCUGAUUCGAACUCUGAGGAUGAGAAGCCGAAACAUCGGGGCUGGUUUAUUGAUUAUGCUGAGCCUCCGCCUCCUGAGCAAAUUCAAAGCGAUGAUGAAGAGAAGUUUCUGAAACCAAUGGAAAAUGCGACCGUUGAUAGCAAAGCUGAGACCCAAUCAAAGGAUGACACGGGGCCUAAAGUGGCCGAUUGGCGCUUUGGCCCCGCCCAGAUUUGGUACGAUAUGUUGGAGGUCCCGGAGACAGGGGAGGGGUUUAAUUAUGGUUUUAAACUAAAAGAAGAUCAGCCCCCAGAGCCCACACCUGAAGCCACCGAACCGCGCGAAGGUGACGAAUUCCCCGACGAUGCUUUCCUCAUGGUCACCCAACUGCACUGGGAGGACGACGUCGUAUGGGACGGCAACGACAUUAAGCAUAAAGUUUUGCAGAAGUUGAAUUCGAAGACGAAUGCUGCGGGUUGGGUGCCCUCUAGCGGAAAUCGGACAGCUCAGGCAUUUAGUCAACCCGGAAAAGGCGGGUUGUUGUCCGGAAGUUCGGUCCGGUUACCGAUUCCAGCACCGCCACUGCCCGGAAUGAAAGCCAAGGCGCAAAUAUUAAAUAAGCCGCGUCCGGAUCCGGAACAGGAUGACACGUGGUAUUCGAUUUUUCCGGUCGAAAAUGAGGAUUUGGUGUAUGGGAGAUGGGAGGAUGAUGUUAUUUGGGACGCUGAUAACAUGAAAAAUAUUCCGAAACCGUCGAUUCUCACACUGGAUCCUAACGAUGAAAAUAUUAUUUUAGGCAUUCCGGAUGAUAUAGAUCCGUCAAAACAAAUUGCAGGUCAAGCAACCCCUGUAAAGGUAAAAAUCCCACACCCCCACGUAAAAAAAUCAAAAAUCCUCCUCGGCAAAGCCGGCGUUAUCAACGUCCUCCAGGAAGACACCCCACCUCCACCCCCAAAAUCACCAAACCGGGACCCAUUCAACAUCUCAAACGACGUUUACUACAUGCCGCGAUCAUCCGAAACCACCAUGCGUCUCAAAGUCGGGGGCGGCAACCUAAUCCAACACUCCACCCCCGUGGUGGAGCUCCGCGCCCCAUUUAUCCAAACCCAUAUGGGUCUGAUGCGUCUCCGCAACUUCCAUCGGCCACCCAUGAAACGCUUCUCGCAUGGGCCUUUGGCCCAUCCAGGGCCGCAUCCGGUCAUGCCGUUGGUCAAGCAUAUCAAAAAGAAGGCAAAACAACGAGAGGCGGAGCGUAUGGCUUCAGGAGGCGGCGAUGUGUUCUUUAUGCGCACUCCAGAGGAUUUGACUGGAAGGGAUGGCGAUAUUAUUUUGAUUGAGUUUUGUGAGGAGCAUCCGCCUCUGAUGAACCAAGUUGGGAUGUGUUCAAAAAUCAAGAAUUAUUAUAAGAGGAAAGCGGCGAAAGAUUCAGGGCCUCCUAGUUAUAAGUAUGGGGAGACGGCCUAUGCUCACACUUCGCCGUUUUUGGGGAUUUUGCAUCCAGGACAGUCUAUUCAAGCCAUUGAGAAUAACAUGUACAGGGCCCCAAUUUACGAGCAUGAUAAGCCAUGCAGCGACUUCCUAGUGAUCAGAACGAGACAACAAUAUUAUAUCCGUGAAAUAGACGCUCUCUACGUUGCAGGCCAACAGUGUCCUUUAUACGAAGUUCCAGGACCGAACUCAAAACGAGCGAAUAAUUUUGUCCGCGAUUUUCUACAAGUUUUUAUUUAUCGAUUGUUUUGGAAAAGUCGCGAUAAUCCCCGAAGAAUUAAAAUGGAAGAUAUUAAGAAAGCUUUUCCUUCACAUUCCGAGAGUAGCAUAAGAAAAAGACUGAAAUUAUGUGCUGAUUUUAAAAGAACAGGAAUGGACUCAAAUUGGUGGGUGAUUAAACCGGAGUUUCGGUUACCGACAGAGGAGGAAAUCCGGGCGAUGGUCUCCCCGGAACAGUGCUGUGCCUAUUUCAGCAUGGUGGCGGCCGAGCAAAGGCUCAAGGAUGCUGGAUACGGCGAGAAAUUUAUUUUUACGCCUGCGGAGGAUGACGACGAAGAAAUGCAACUAAAAAUGGACGAUGAAGUAAAAGUGGCUCCGUGGAACACGACUCGAGCGUACAUUCAAGCAAUGAAAGGGAAAUGUUUGUUACAAUUAACAGGACCUGCUGAUCCUACAGGAUGUGGGGAAGGUUUUAGUUACGUCAGAGUCCCCAAUAAACCCACACAAAAUAAAGAAGAACAGGAGUCCCAGCCUAAACGUACCGUUACCGGAACCGACGCUGAUUUGCGUCGCCUGUCUUUGAACAACGCCAAAGCUUUGUUGCGCAAAUUCGGAGUCCCGGAGGAAGAAAUCAAAAAAUUGUCUCGAUGGGAGGUCAUAGACGUCGUCCGAACACUUUCGACCGAAAAAGCCAAAGCUGGUGAAGAGGGAAUGGAUAAAUUUUCGCGUGGUAACCGAUUCUCAAUCGCCGAACAUCAAGAACGUUACAAAGAGGAGUGUCAACGAAUUUUCGAUUUGCAAAAUCGUGUUCUAUCAAGCGCUGAGGUUCUAAGUACCGACGAAGGUGAAAGUUCGGACGAAGGCAGCGACGAAGAUAUCGAAGAAAUGGGCAAAAACAUUGAAAACAUGCUCGCAAAUAAAAAAACAAGUACUCAGUUGUCGCUCGAACGGGAGGAACAAGAGCGACAAGAGUUGCGUAAAAUGAUAAUGGAAGGUGACGAGAAGAAGGGCAAGGAUAAGAAAAAGGACGAUGACGAUAAUCAGGAACAGACGAAUUAUGCACAACAGGGCCGGAUUUUGAAAAUUGUUAGGACGUUUAGGGACGCGGAAGGAAAGGAGUUUACGCGAGUUGAAACUGUGCGAAAACCGGCAGUGAUUGAUGCGUAUGUGAAGAUUCGGUCGACGAAAGAUGAUGCGUUUAUUAGACAGUUUGCGACGUUGGAUGAAGCACAGAAGGAGGAAAUGAAAAGGGAGAAGAGACGGAUUCAGGAGCAGUUGAGGCGGAUUAAGAGGAAUCAGGAGAAGGAAAGGUUGGCCUUGGGACUUGCAGCGUCGUCGAAUCCGGCCGCAGGCGGCGAGAAGUUGGGCUCGAAUGACAGUCCUUCGAGCCAAUCCUUCAACAUCUCCCCCAACAAAUCUACGGUGAUUUCACCGCCAAAAUCGCGCCGAAAAACCAAAUUAAAACCCGACUUGAAGCUAAAAUGUGGCGCUUGUGGCAACGUGGGCCACAUGCGUACCAACAAAGCGUGUCCUUUGUACCAAAACAGCGGCUCCAACGCCCCCAUGAACGUCGCAAUGACCGAAGAACAAGAAGAAGAAAUCGAAAAACAGCUAAACACCGACGACGAAGAUUUGGUCAACAUUGACGGAACCAAAGUGAAAUUAUCGAGCAAAUUAUUGAAACACGCCGAAGAGAUGAAGCGGAAAACGUUACUCCUGAAAGUCCCCAAGGAGGCAAUGAACGCGAAACGACGACGAAGAGGAAUGUCCGACUUGCACUGCGACUAUUUGAAGCGACACAAUCGAACGGCGAAUCGGCGAAGGACCGAUCCUGUGGUCGUCUUGUCCACAAUUUUGGAGAAUAUUUUGAACGAAAUGAGAGACAUGCCCGACGUUCAGCCCUUCCUGUUUCCGGUCAAUCCGAAGAAAGUGAUGGACUAUUACCGCAUUGUGCAAAGGCCGAUGGAUUUGCAGACAAUUCGCGAGAAUUUGCGCCAGAAAAAAUACCAAAGUCGGGAAGAAUUCCUAGCCGAUGUCAACCAAAUCGUCGAGAAUUCGACGCUUUAUAACGGGGCUAAAAGUAGUUUAACUGUGGCGGCGCAACGAAUGUUAAACAAAUGUGUCGAGAGGUUGGGCGAGAAGGAGGAGAGGCUGAUGAGGCUCGAGAAGGCGAUUAAUCCACUACUUGACGACAAUGAUCAAGUCGCCUUGACGUUUAUCCUAGACAAUGUGAUUAACACGAAAUUGAAAGCCAUGUCGGAAUCGUGGCCGUUUCUCAAACCGGUUAAUAAAAAAUUGGUUAAGGAUUAUUAUAGUAUCAUCAAGCGGCCGAUGGAUUUGGAAACGAUUUCGAAAAAAGUUGCCGCGCAUAAGUAUCACAGUAGGCAUGAGUUUUUGGUCGAUAUUGAACAAAUUUUGGAAAAUUGUAUUUUGUACAAUGGACGAGAUUCACCCUUUACUGAAAAGGCGGAACAGUUGGUUAAGAUUUGUAAAGCGACUUUGGAUGAGUACGACGAACAUUUGACACAAUUAGAGAAUAAGAUUUCUUUGGCACAAGAACGAGCGAUGCAAGACGACGAUCAAGCCUGGAUGGGAGGGGAAGAAGAGAAUUACACUAUUGCAGAACCUGACCGAAUUAGCCAGGCAAGCUCUCCCGACCACAGCUUGUUCAUGAAAUCAAACAUCGACGAUUACGAUUAUGUGGACGUAGAAGGCGGAAUACAAACAAGUGAAGACGUUACAGCUUCAGUGUCAAGGCCGCGAAAACGCAAAAAGAAGGACGAGGCUGCCAUCCUUGAAGAAGAUUUGCAAUUUUCGAGCGAGGAAGAGCUGGACGAGGUCCCUUUGAACGAGUUCGAGGAUAACAAGGGCGGUUUGGUGAUUUCGGCCGAAAUGCCCAUGGAGGGUGUGAACGCCGACGAUGACAGUCAGCAGGCGGCCGAAGCGAUGGUACAGUUGGGUUCGAUGGGUUACUACCAGCAAAAUGAGGGCGAUGGUACUGAUUUGGUGUACAAGGAGGAGAGUAUGGACGUGGAUCCGAACUAUGAUCCGUCUGAUUUUCUCAUGUCGGGACUGCCGAUGCAUAAACAGGAGGAAAUCAAAAUCGAUGAGACGGUGUUGCAGCCGCAGGACAGUGCGAUGAAGAUUCAUGAUGAUCUCGCUGUGAGUGAGAGUGAGGACGAAGGGGGGAAUAAUGUGGGGGAGGCGCCGGUGCAAGAGGAGGAUGAUGGAGGGGAUCUGUGGUUCUAAACUUUGUUUAGUGUUUUUAUAUUGUUAAAUAUUUAUUGAAGUAAAAUAUAAUGUAGGCACAAA